CAAAGAUGGCGUACUGGUUCCAUAGGAAUCCACUUAAGGCGACUGCAAUGCUUACUUUCGAAUUACGCGGAGUAUCAACAGAUGAAAAGACAAGGCGGAUAUUUAAUGAAUUGCGGCAAAGUAGGAAUAAAUUACUAGAGUUACUUACUGAUCCAAACCAUGAUCCAGUCACAGUUGAGAAGGCAACAUCUGACUACUUCUGUCUGCUUAUGGGUCUCACUCAGCCAUUCGGAGAGGAGGGCGACAACAAAUUGAGAAAAGCAAUCAAGUUCAAAUGGACCAAUACACUUCUAGGAAAUACCCCAAUGGAACAGUUUGAUGCUGUAUUUGAGGCAGCUUCUAUGGCCAUUAACAUUGGACUGUGGUACACAAAGCAUGCUGCCAAACUUGCUGCAAAGGAAGAACCAGAAAUGGAAGAAGCAAAAGAGGUUCACAAAUGUUUGAGGGUCGCUGCAGGCUUAUUUACAUUUGUUAAGGAUGAUUUGAUCUCUCGGUUGUCUGAGAAUACCCAAGGAGCCAUAGAUACAGACAGUCGGGUCUUGGAGGCCUACAUCCACCAGUGUACUGCAGAGGCUCAAGAAGUAACCCUGGCCAGAGCUGUUGAGAUGAAGCAUGCUUCAUCUUUGAUCGCAUCUUUAGCUUAUGAAACUGCACAAAUGUACCAGAAAGCAGAUGAUGCUUUAAACAGUUUAGAUGACAAAGUGGUACUGAAAUGGCGCAAGUACUGUCAGCUGAAGUGCAGUUUUUACACAGCAUAUGCCCAUUGUUACCAUGGAGAGACACUUUUGGCACAAGACAAGUGUGGUGAUGCUGUAAGGGGACUACAGGAGGGAGUGAAAUUGUAUGGACAAGCAGAAAAGCAAUGUUUGGAAUAUGCAUCAGCUAAAGGACUUGGAACCUUCGCUCGCCCAGCAAAUCACCUGUUUUUUCGAAAAGCAGGACCUGUACUGAAACGUACCUUAGAAAAAUGUGAUAGGGAAAAUGGAAUGAUCUACCACCAGAAGGUUCCAUUUGAUGCACCAUUGCUGGAGUUGAAGGCCACCUAUGGACUGGUAGCACCUGAGGUGUUUACAUUUCCUACUAUGAGCCCACUCUGGACCAAGGAAGUCUAUGAAAAAAUGAAUGCAAAAAUGGCACCGAAACCUGAGGAGAACAAAGACAAGAGUAAGAAGCCUGAGGACCUCCCACCUGUAAAGGAAAAGGAAACACCCAUGUCAGAUAAAGAUCCUGGCACUUUCAGUGGUUGUGUAGUAUCAUAAACAAUGUGAAUACAGAUCUUUCUUGUUCACAUCAUUUAGGCCCUACACUCAACCUCGCCCUUACACUAAAGAGGAAAUAUUAGAUAUAGGAACACUUGACUACAGCCUUUUUGUGUUAAUGACCACUUUACUAGGAUAGGCUGCCAGAGCUUGGAUAUGCUUCUUCUUUACAUUGAUAGGCUGCAAGUUUGCUCUUCCUAGGAUACAAUGGCGAACUCUAUUUUAUGAAAUGUGAUCGUGAUCUGAAAAGGAAUUUCUUUGUAUGGCACGAGUGCAGAGAGUAGCUGUGAUACUGUGUGUAUCUGUCAUGUUAGUUCCCUUUUAAUAUAACGCUGUCUUUUACAGCAGUUCUGUUACACUAAUAUCUUCACCAAUUUUCUUAUUCAUAUUUUGAAAGGUUUUAGAAGCACAAACCUUUAUUCUGAACCUAUAUGAUAUUUAGAAAGCAGAAGUAUUCUGGAAUGGAUGAGUUAUGUAACAUAUUUAUGGAAUAUCUUGUAUUUAUUAAGAAAUGCAUGUUAUAGUGUUUAAAAUUGAAGUCAAUAUAUUGUAUAUAAAAAAUGCUCUGAUUGUAACUUGAUGAUAUAUGUAUGAACCAGGAAACACCAGUUUGUCUAAUAUGGAGGUUAAGUAAUUUUUUGUAAUUACAAGAGUAGAGUAGUAUAAGUCAGAGUAGACUAAUUAACCUGAUUUUUGUAUCUUGUUGCUCCAUGUAUAUUGUACUCAAUACUUACUGCAAACCAUGACAUGUAGAGAAUGUUUUACUUCUAAACACCAAGUAUGAAUUCAACUUUGUUGCUGUCAUUUUCUUUCCUUUGAUUUCAAUUUUUCCCUUGCAAUUCUCUUGACUUUGUUGAAUUAGUAACUUUUUUGGUGCAAUAAGUGUAUUGUUAAUUUAUCUAAUAAAGAUUCAUGAGUAAUUUUUUUUUUUCAUAUACAAAUGUACAAGGAUUACAAAUAUCCACCGGAAGUAAGGAUUACAAAUAUCCACCGGAAGUAAGGAUUACAAAUAUCCACCGGAAGUAAGGAUUACAAAUAUCCACCGGAAGUAAGGAUUACAAAUACAAAGAAAUGUGAUCAGUUGUUGGCUUUGUUGUAUGUCCUGUAGAAAUUAGCAGGAAAAUAAAUUACAAAAUUGCAUUUUCAAUAGAAUUUUUUCCAUGUCUCUUAAUCUCACAAUUAACAGUAUAAUGUAGUGUUUGAAAUUUAGAAAACAUACAUGAACUAAGUGUUGCCUACAGAUUGAUCUGAUAUGAUACAAUUGUAAAAAUAUUGGAUGCUUUUUCACCUUAACUCUGACUUAUAAUCACUAAUUUGUAUUUAGAAUACAUGACCUGUAAAGUAUUGGAACUUGUUUCUAUCAGAUAAUUAUAUAUUGACUCUGUAUAGUUGUGUCUUUUAGCAUAAUACUAGAUCCCUGUGUAUAUUGCUGAUAUAUGAUAAUAAAAGGCCCUUGUGUCUGUAAACUGUAUAUUGUGUACAAGAUAAUAUGAAAUGUACAUUUUGUUUUUAUGUUUGUACCAUAUCAUAUAUUGCAUGGAACACAAAAGUUAAGCUUAUUAAUUGCUGUACACGCUGUAGUGCUAUCCUGAAGCUAUUAGCACAUAUAUUGAUUUCUAUGUUAUAAUGUGCUAAAUGCUAUCCUAUCAUUACUUUAAGUGUCAACUUUGUAUGUAGUGCUAAUCAGGAGUCCUAGAGAACAAAUAUUAAUAUGAGGAUGCUGUAAGGUAAGACCACCAUUAAAUCAUGUAAGAGAUACACUAGAGACAGCUGUAAGGUGACUAGAAGUUUGACUACAUUCACCUGUAUGGUGACUGAAUACACUAGAGACAGCUGUAUGGUGACUAUAAAUACACUAGAGACAUCUGUAUGGUGACUAUUAAUACACUAGAGACACCAGUAUGGUGACUAUACUCUAGAGAUAGAGCUAUUGUGAAUGAAUACACUAGAGACAGGUGUUGUCCUCAUCAGUGUGUGGUCACUUUUCAUCAAGUAAGACACAACCCUUGUAGAAUACCUGGAUAAUCUUUUAUUAUUGCUUUCGUAGAGCCAGACUGGUGCAUAUAUAAGGUACUUUCUACUAGGUCUUAGAUGUGAUUAUGUCACAGAUACUAUAGAUAGUAGCUAUAAAUUACUGUACAGUGUUUUCAUCACUCACCAGAUAUUAUGUAGCAGUUGUAUGCAAUAUACUCUGUAUGGUUUCUCGUGCUUUAAGGCUAAUUCAACUGAAAAUUUUUUAUCCAAUGCAGAAUUUAUUACUUUCAUAUGCAGUCAUCUGCAGUUAUUAUGCCUUGGUAUUUCGAUGUCAAACAACAUAUUCAUUACAUCAAAAGUGAAACAACCUUGCUGUGUGAAGUACUUUUACUUCAAAUCACAACCUUGAAGCCAAGACUUCAAGAUAUAUUUACAAACAUAUCCACAUCAAUGGAAAGGUCAUACAAUAUAUAAUAUGUAAAAGACGUCAUAAUUGAGAGAUUUCGUUAGUUAAGAUGACUUUUAGCAAUUGACAACAAUAACUCAGUUUAUUGGAACAAUGUUUAAUGCAGUGUCGUUUACUGGUAUCAAAUAAUUUAUCACUAUGAUAUUAAUUUGAUGCUGUCAGUUCUGUAUUAUCAAACUUAUCUAGCUGUUAUAUUUCAAAGCUUUUAAUUGAAAGUGAAACCAUAUAGAGUAGAUUGUAGAGUUGCAAACCAAGGAACUAACAACCUACAGGGAAAUAUUGCUUUAUCAUAACAUUUAUUAAACUACUACUAUUAUUUCCAGAUGAUUUGUUAAUUAGCAGAAUUUUUGUUUAUGAGAAUCAGAAAAUAACUUAUUGAUAAAAUCAUGAUGAUAUUAUG